AUGACAUCUAAAGAAAUUCAUAUAGAAAAUAAUCAACAAAAAUCUUCAACACCUUCUAUGGAUGGAUCAGGGGUUGAUGAUGAAGAGGUUGAAAUAGAAGUAGAAGAAUUGACACCAUCAGCAGCGGUAGAAUUUACUAAACAAGACACUAAACAUUCAUCAAAUGUUUCUAUAGUACCAGGAAUUGGUGGAGUAUCACGUUCAGGUCAAUCAAAUAUAAUAAAUAAUAAUAGUAUUAAUAAUCAACUAAAAAGAGAUAAUAAUAUUAAAAGUGAAGAUGAUGUCAAGAACCAGAUUGAAGAAUUACUGAAAAAUACUAUUUAUAAUUCUAAAAAUCCACGGGCACCUUCUAAAGGUGAAAUUAAUUUAUCAAUGAAUUGUAAUAAUGGAAGUUUUAUAAAAAUAUCUAAUGAUUCAAAAAUUAUUGAUAAAACAAAUUUAACAAGUAAUAAAGUAUCAUUAUUAGAAAAAAUUAUAAUUACACAUCCAGUAUGGUAUUUAAGAAAUAUUGGUCGAAUAGAAGCAUGCCAUUUAUUAAACAACAUGAUUCCAGGUAGUUUUAUUGUAAGAUCUUCAACUAAAGUACAUUCAAUGGCUUUAACAAUAAGAUUACCACCAGAAUUUAAAAAUGAUAAUGAUCAUUAUUUAAUAGAAACUAUUAAUGGUUCAGUAAGAUUGGAGGGUUCAUUAAGAUCAUUUAAAUCAUUACCAUUAUUGAUAGAAUAUUAUUGUAAACAUGGUGAAGAGAUACAUAUAAAACUAGAAAUGCCUCCAGCUAUUCUUCAUUGUCAGGCAAUUGAAGAGUUAAAAAGAAUUGCAAAGAUUGGUGCAAAUUUUUGGAAUACAGAAUUAGCUCAUAUCUUACCAUCAAUUACUUCAAGAGAUGAAAGGGAAAUGACUCCUGUACCACAGACAUUUAGUUUACUUUCAAAUAAUAGUAAUUUUUCAAGGACUUCCGAUUACUUUUCACAUAAUAGUGAUACAUUUACUAAUGUUCCUUCUUAUCAAUCAAAUACAUUAAAUUCAUCAUUUUAUUCUAUCAAAAAUGCUUUUAAACCUAGUACUUCUUCUUCCUCUACAUUAUCUAAGAAUGGUAAUAAUUGUAGACCAUCAACUAGAUCUUCAACAAGAUCAUAUAAAGAACAAGAAAAAAGAACACCAUCAUUCUUAAAGUCAUUAUUUUUUGGUUCUGGUAAUUCUAUUAAAAAACAACAUCAACAACAACAACAACAAAAUCAAUUUACUUUUAAUCGUUCACACUCAACAAAUGUACCUAUUAAAAAAAUUGAAUCUCAAUCAGCUUUUAGUUCAUUAGCACAAUGUUACUAUUUUACACCAUUAAAUUUAGAAAUGAUAAAUAAUAAUAAUUGUAAUGAAUUAAAAGAAAAAACUACAAAAAAAGGAAUUAUUCAGGAGAGUGUUCCUUUUAAAAGAAUUCCAUGUAUAGGAAAUAAAAAUGUUAAUCCACAUCAGGUAUCUCAACAAUUGUCAUCAGGUUUAAUGUCAAUUAAUACUUCAUCACCAAAAUCAUUAAAUAAAAAAGAUAUUGAGAAAGGUAUACAAAAGUCUAUCAAUAAUGAUAUAUCAUCUAAUAAAGUAUUAAUAACAAAUCAAGGUUCACAUAGUAAUAGUACAAAUAAAACUAAAAAUAAUCUUAAUAAUAAUUUUUCACUACUAACUUCAAAACCUCAAAAUAAUACAAGUGUUAGAAAUGUCAAUAAAGUAACCAGAUGCUUUCCUUCACCAUUAUCAUUAACUAACAAUAAUAAUUAUACGAAAAAAUUUUCUACUAAUUCUAAUGACUUAGAAGAUCUCAAUCUAUUGACUAUCGUUGGUGAAGAUUCAAUUAGAGCAAGGCAAAUAGCAUUUAGAAGGGAAAUAAGUGAUGUAACAGCUUCAAUAACAGCUAAAAGAUUAGCAAAUCAUUUUGAGAAACCUGAUAUAGAUGGAAGAGAAAAUAAUUGUAAUAAUAAAUCUAAUCCUGAUCUCUUAAAAGAUAUGCCUUUAUCAAUUGUUGGAGAAGAAAAUGUAUUUCCAACUAGAAAUAGUAAUGAUAUUUUAAGUGGUAAAUCCAUUAUAAUGAGAAAAACAAGUAAUGAAAAAAGAAAUGAUAAAAAUAAUAUAUUAAAUAAUGAUAUGUCAUGUAAAAAAAAUAGUAAAAGUCAAUCACCUAAUAGUAUUAAAGAAAUUCAUAGAUUAUCUGUACCUAAUUUAUUUGAUCAAAAGAAUAAUGAAUUAUUAGAACAACACAAGGCCGUAACUACCUCGGCUAAAGCUCUUCUUGCUAAAUUAGGUAGAAGAGAUGGAGAAUUACAGACAAUCAACGAAGGCUUAAUAACUCCAGUAGUAAGGCGUAAACAAUUUAACAAUUCAACUUCCUCUUUUAAUUCAUCAUCUACUGAUAAUACAACAUCAGAUUAUCACAAAGUUUUCAUUGAUCCUAAAUAUAAUAUUAUUAAUACACCAAAUAAUACAUCAUCAUCAUAUAACAAUUUUAAUAAUAAUAUUAUUAGUAAAUCACCUAAAACAAAUUCAAAGUGGUCUGCUGUUAAUGCUGAGAUGAAGUCAAGACAACGUGCCACCAAAAUUAUAUCAUUUUCUAGUAAUAUAAUAACUAAUAAUAAUGGUCAAAUAUUUCAAGAACCUUCAACUUCUGAAUAUACUCCAAUAUCAGAUUUUAAUAAAAAUCAAAAUUUAAGAAAUUCUACUAUAUCAGGAAUCUCUGAUAUUUGUGGUAAUUCAAGUCAUAAUAAUCAAAAUGAUGAUGAUUCUAUUUCUGUUGCUGGUACUGUAUUUAAUGAACCAUGGGAUUCUAAUAUUUGGGAAAAUCUUCUUGAUUUAGCUAAGACAGUUGAUGAAAAUUCUACUUUUAAUACACCAAUGAUUGAAAGACAAGGUGGAACAUUUGAUUCAGCAAUUAGUAGUAAUAAUACUUUAACUACAACAUCUCAAAGUAGUGCUAGUAGUCUUUUUAGUGAAGGUAAUAUUUCACCGAAAAUGAAAAUUACAAAUAAUGGUGUUAUAUUAAAGAUGGAUGAUAAAAUUUUUGAUGAUAAAACAAAAAUUAUUAAAAAUGAUAUUACAUCAAAUAAAAAUUAUUAUAAUAUAGGAAAAGAAGAGACAAGUAUAUGUUGUGAUAUGAGUGAAAGUCAAACAUUAAAUAGAAAAAGUUUGACACGUGAAAGAAUGAAAUUAGUUAAACGUGGUAGUUGUAUGUUAAAUUCUGAAACUACAUCAUUACCAUCACCAAUAGCAAAUGAUUUAGAUGAGAGUAAAUUAAGAAUUCAACAAUAUAUAGAAACAUUAUCUCAUGAUUCAGGAACAAUUUUUGGUGCAACAUUACAAAGAUUUAUUGAAUGUACUUUUGAAGCUCAUGAAACUUGCCCAAAUACAGUUAUUAGAAAUGUACGACAAUUUUUAACGGGAAUAAAAAAUUAUUUAGUAAAAAACGGUGAAAGAAAUUUACAUAAAACAAUAGAACAAGAAAGUUCUAAACUUCCUGAAAACUCUUUUCUUGAUAUUGAUGCUAUAUUAGAAACUUCUUUAUAUAAAUUAUUAUUAAAACCUAUUAAAAAUUUAUUAUAUCAUUUAUCAAUAAAAAAAAAUGGUGAUGAACAUCAAAUUGUUACAAGUAAUUUAUUAACUAUACGUGGAAUGUCAUUAGAAAAAUUAGGUAUUAGUAAUGAUAUAAAAUAUAAUGAUAAUACAAAUAUUUUGGAUAGUUUAAAAAUUUAUCUUAAAAAAAUGCAACAACAUUAUUCACCAUUUAAAAAAUUAGAUAAUUUUUUAAAAGCUAUGGAAAAUUGUAUUGAUAUUGGUAAGGUAAAUGAUAUGAUAUCAUCAAUUUCAACAACCUCUACUUCAUAUCUUUUUUCUACAACAACAACUGUUAAAAGUGAAGAUUUAAUAAGAAUUAUAAUGUUUACACUUGCUAAAGGAAAUGCUGUUACAUGUGAUAUUGAUACAUGGUAUAUGUGGGAAUUAUUACCACAAAGAGUUUUAACAAGUGGUGAUACAGCUUUUUAUAUAUCAGCAUUAUUUUCAGCAAUACAAUUAUUAAAAGAUCCAGAAUGUGUUAAAAAAUUAUCAAAUGAUAUUUUAUCUACAACAGAUUCAUCUUUUACAACAUAUAAUGCUUCAACUAAUGGACCAUCAAAAAUAGAUUGUUUAAUAAAAAUUGCUGUUCCUGAUGAACAAGAUGGAACAAUACGUUAUCAUACAUUUCCUUCACUUCCUCAAAUGCCUGUAAGAAAAUUAGGUAGAAUUAUAGGUGGUCGAUUUAAUAUUACAUGUCCAGAAGAUUAUGGUUUAUAUAUUCUUUUUGAUGGUUAUGAAUCAAAAUUAGGACCAAAUGAAUAUCCUUAUCAAGUUGUUUGCCAACUACGUUCCACAAAUACACAAUUUCUUUUUGCUUACAAAAGAAAUGAAGCUAAAAUUGCUUGGCCAAAAAUGAGUCUUAGUAAUAAUUAA